AUGAAUCUGGGUGACAAGAGUACAAAUGAGCUUCUUUUUCUCAACUUCAACCAAGACUUCAGUUGUAUUUCUGUGGGGUUGAAGAGUGGUUAUCGUAUCUACAACUGUGACCCUUACAGCAAAUGCUAUUCGAAGCUAGAAGGAGGAACUGGAAUUGUCGAGAUGCUUUUCUGCACUUCUCUUGUGGCCUUGGUAGGCGCGGGAGAGCAACAGAACUUUUCACCAAGACACCUACAGAUAAUCAAUACAAAGAGACAAUCAACCAUUUGUGAGCUUACGUUCCCCACAAGUAUCCUAUCUAUUAAAAUGAAUCGUCGACGGUUGAUAGUAGUGUUGGAGGAACAGAUAUUUGUAUAUGAUAUAAGUAACAUGAAGCUUCUCCACACGAUUGACACCAGCCCGAACCCAGCGGCUAUCUGUGCUUUAUCCCCGUCCAGUGAAAACUGUUUUGUUGCUUAUCCAUCUCGAUCAUCCACUACUGGUUCAAACCUCUCUGACUAUACCAACGGAGACGUCGAAAUCUUUGACGCAUCUUCUCUCACUCUUGUUAGCAUUGUCCAGGCCCAUAAGAGCCCUAUUAGCUGUAUUUCAAUGAAUUCAGACGGAACUUUGUUAGCAACGGCUAGUGAAAAGGGUACAGUCAUUCGUGUGUUUUCGAUCCCAAAAGCUGUCAAGGUUUAUCAAUUUAGACGAGGAUCUUAUAUCGCAAAAAUCUUCUCAAUGUCCUUCAAUCUUGUCAGUACCCUCCUGUGUGUUUCAAGUGAUACAGAGACGGUGCAUAUAUUCAAAUUAGCAGCCAGAGGACCUCCUAGCCAACACAUUACUAAUGGACAUCGGAAAGAAGAAGCUAAUAAAGACCCGCGUGCAAAGAACUCGAGUGUGGGACAAUUGAUCCGUAGAUCUUCUAUGAACAUUGGUCGCAGUGUUGGAUCCUAUUUGCCAGAAAUCAUCACUGAAAUCUGGGAGCCGUCAAGACAUUUUGCUUCUCUAAAGCUACCAAGUGGAGGUGUAAGAAGUCUGGUUGCCCUGAGCAGUACUACUCCUCAAGUCAUGGUUAUUUCAUCAGAAGGAUUAUUUUACCAAUACAAUAUUGACCUUGAAAAUGGCGGUGAAUGUGUUCUCUUGAAGCAAUACAGCCUUUUGGAAACUGAUGAAAUUGGUGAUGGAAUGAUGGAUGAACUAUAA